ACCUGCGGUACCUUCACGGUUGUAGAGGUGGAGAUGGAUGCAGCAGCGAUGGAACCCGGCUUCCUUUUUUAAGAAUCGCUGAGAGCAAAGGGAACACAGCUGCUUUAUUUUAGGGAGAGUUUGUCGCACUCCCCCUCCUGCGUGUAGGUAGUGUUUGGGGUGUUUGCACCCUGCUUGCGGACCCCAUGGAGAGGCGCAGGCGGCGGCAGCUGGGGCUCCUUUCGUGGCUGCAGCCCGCAGUAACCCGACCCCACCAGUGCAGAGACUGAAGAGGCUCGAGCGAGAGCGGAGCUUCGAACAAAAGCCCUCAGCGAGGGGCCGGAGCCCGGGACGUGGGAGACUCCAACAAAGGACGAGGCUCAGCCAUGGUGGACCCGGUGCCUGAAGAGGAGAAGGAGGGAGCCGAGCCAGGAGGCUCGGAAGGGGACGGGGCCACGGCGUCUGUGCCCCCUGACGCCCAGGGCGCCCAGCAGCCCGCAGCCUCCUCUGCCUCGGCCUCCGCGGCGGUGCCGCACAAGGCAGAAGUCCCUGGCUCAGCAGAAGGAGGACGACGGGAGCAGUCCCCGAUGCUGCAUCUCGACCUCUUCAACUUCGACUGUCCCGAGGCUGAGGGCAGCCGCUACGUGCUGACCAGCCCCCGCUCGCUAGAGGCCUGCGCCCGUUGUGCUGUCAAGCCCGUGGAGCUGCUGCCACGGGCCUUGGCUGACCUAGUGCGAGAGGCCCCUGGCCGCUCCAUGCGGGUGGCCACUGGCCUGUACGAGGCGUACGAGGCGGAGCGGCGCUCCAAAUUACAGCAGUGCCGGGCCGAGCGCGAGCGAAUCGUACGCGAAGAGAAGCGGCGCCUCUUCACGCCGUUGGGCCCCGCGGCUGCAGCCGCCGCCGCGGCCUCAGCAUCAGCCCCAGCUCAGAGCGCGGGCAGCAGCAGCAGUUGCAGCAGCACCAGCCUCCCCGCGUCACCCGCACCGCGUGCCGCCCGCAAGGCCUCUCCCAGUCCUUCCUCUGCUCGGAUCCAACCUCCUCCGGCAGGUUCUCGGACAGGAAGAAAGAGCCACUCGCUGGACUCGCUGUCCCGCCGGCGUGAUGGUGCUCUCAGCUCCGAGUCCGGUGCAUCGUCGUCCUCCUACAGCGGGGAGAGCCUUCGAGAACUUCGCUGGCCGCCCCGGGCCUCAGCCAGGAACAGCUGCCCGGCAGGGUCAGCGUCCUCUGUCUCCAACCCUUUGGGCCGUCCUUCGGCGCUUACCCUGGUUCCACUUACAGGCCGAAGCUUCAGCCUUGGCGACCUGAGCCACUCUCCGCAGACUGCUCAGCAUGUGGAACGCAUCGUACGCCAAGUGCGCGCCGAGCGAGGCCUGCGCGGGGUGCCAGAGCGGGACCGGAAGAUCGCUGCGCUCAUGCUGGCGCGGCACCAAGAGGAGCGCCUGUUGCUGGAGCAGCGCGCCGCAGCCCACGGCCAGUGGGAGCAGCAGCGCGUGCGUGCCGAGCAGCGGCGGGAGCGGGAGGAGCGCGAGAAGCAGCGCGCCCUAGAGCAAGGCCGGCGGGCCUGGGCUGCGCAGGUGGAGGAGCGACGCGGCCGCCGGGGCCGCGAGGAGCGUGAGGCAGCGCGACGGCGACAGCAGCAGUGCGAACGCAGCGAGGAACGACGGCGGGAGCUGGCCGAGCGCCAGGGCCUACUGCGGCGGGAGCGGGUGGAGCGCGCCGCUCGGGAGGACCGGCUGCGUAAGCUGCAGCAGGAGCAGAACCUGAAGCAGCGGGAAGAGGGCCUGCAGGAAGGGCGCGAGCGGGCUGAACAGGUCCGCAGGGAGCGUGCCCAGCGAGCAGCCCGCGCCAAGCAGCGGCAGGAGGGCCAGCUGCAGCGCGAGAAGCGGGAGUUGAGUCGUGCAGAGCGAGCGCGACACGAGGCGUUGUUGCGGGGUCGAGCCCGGCAGCAGCAUGAGGAGCGAGAGGGCCUGCGGAGCUCCCUGGAGGCCAGCUUGGGCCGCGCGCAGGAAAACUAUGAGCAAUUGGUGGAACAGCGCACCCGGGAGCUGAGGGAGAGGGCCCGGAAGGAGGAGUUGCAAAGCCGGCGAGCCAAGGAGGCCGCGGAACGCAAAGAGCGGGAACAUCAGGCUCACCUGGAGGCCCUGGCUCGGGCCGGGGAACGUCGGCUGCAGCACGCCGCGCAGGUGGCCGAAGAGGCAGUGCAGCAAAAGGCCCGGCGCGUAGGCCAGACGCGGUUGGAGAAAGAGCGGGCCCAGCGCGCUAACAAGGAGAAGGUAGAGAGAGACGAAGACUGCCGCCGGAGGGAACUGCUCCAAGCAAUCGGGCGGAAGCUGGAGCGCAGCGAGCAGCUGACGCGGGAACGACGCAGUGCGCUGGAAAGUGCUCGCUCCACAGCCCGCGCCUCCUUCCACGUGCGUGAGAAGGUGCGAGAGGAAACCAACACGCGCUCCUUCGACCGAAUGGUGCGGGAGGCCCAACUACACGCCAGCCUCGACCGCAAAUGAUUGCUGCGCUGCUCUGGCCAGACUGGCACAGAGUCCCAGGGCGGAACUCCAGGGCCAGCACCAUGAACUCCCUAGCCUUCUGGCCAACGAAGCAAUGAAAGGACAGACAUGGAACUUUUCAUUCUGCACUGUUUUUUUAAAAAAAUUACUUAGUUUGGAGAUGCCGUGGCACAGUCUUUGCCUACAUCCACCCUUGCCAAACCUCCCUAUGUCUUUUGGGUUGGAAUGGAGUGUAGCUGCGUAGGAAGCUCUUCACCCCUCAAGAGCAUGGAGGGGGACACCCCUUCAAACGCAGUUGCCCAAGGCAUCUUUCUAAUACUGGUGUCUGAUAAGGCUUUCAGUUGCACCAGCUGAGGGGCAUCAGGAUUACCUCCAUCUUUCAAAAUAUGGCACAUUGCACAAAGCUUGGAGGCCUGCCAGAAAAGCACAGCACUUCCAAGGUGUCAGGCCAUGCACAAAGUGAACCAGAAAAAUCAUUGGUGUUUUGUAUGCUUGACGAUCAAUCCGUCACCAGAGCAAAUUGUAUUAUUAGCCCCGAUACUUUUUCAGUUGAGUCCUUUAGGUUUUCUAGUUAGACAAUCAUCCGCAGAUAAUGAUCAAUUUGUCUCUUUCUCUCUCAUUCUCCCAAGUGGCACAGGAAAUGGAUUGGUUUGGUGAUGCUGUUAAGCUUUAAUGGAAAUCCUGGGCCCAGGAGGUGGUGGUUUCCUCAGGCAGCACUGUCUACCCAUGAAGCUCCUUGCAGGAUGACUUGGGGUGGGCAGUGGUGUCUGAUGCUUACCUCCCAGUGUGAAGCCCAUGCCUGGCAGACAUCAGCCAUGCCUUAAGCAGAGCUACCUUAUGUGCCUGCCCAGGCCGUUCUUGCCUAAAUCUUCAGCCCUGGAUGCAGUCUCAAAGGUGGGCCCCAGAGUUUGGAGUUAGGGAUUCCCUCUGUGAAGGAAUCAGCUCCACCACUCUGAAGACAAUUAUGGUAUCCUUGGCUGCUGUCCUGUGGUGGCUGAAGAGCUAGACUUGUCUCUGUGUUGAAAGUUGUGCUCACUAUUGUUGGUAGAGUCUCACCCCCUCCCUUCCCAGGAAAAAGAGAGUCUCUCCCUUAAAUUUCUGGUACCUUCUCAAGUAUGACUGAAAGUAUUUAUCUCUUGGUGCCUCACCUUUCCUAACUGCCAGAUGGGGCCAUCAGAACUCCUCUUCUGGUACCUCAUGGUCUCCUGGAUCCAAAGCACGGCUUCAGUAUUAUUUGUUGGACAUCUUUGUGCCUUUCUUGACCUGGAGUUGGGAGGCAGAAGGACUGCUGUGAGCCUAGUUUGUUUCUGGGAAUAUGGAUUCCUGGCAUUGGAAGGGGCAGUACAUCAUGGACAGAGGGUCUUUUAGCCUCUGGCAGGAAGUACUUGCAAUACCAGGCCACACCCUGGUCCAAAAGGCUCAGUUAUCACCAGGCAAUUUUAACCCUCAGAGCGCUUUCCUUCCAUGAAGCUGAAAUUGCCCCUGCUAUAUCCAUCCAUUAACUCUGCCUUCAUCAGGGAAGGUGGGAAGUAAAACAUUACUUUUUACAUUAACUCAAGGUCAGGAAAUAAAGAAAUUACCAAAAAAGAAGAAGGAAUCAGGGUAGAGAACUAUUACAUUAGACAUUUUCACGCAUAUUCUGCUGGGCAGAACUGACCCUAAAAUGGCUGGUUACAUAUGCACUCACUCACACGUACUUUGCCAACCCAUCACCCCCACCCCAUUACAUGCUAACAAAUACAAGAGUAUCGUAUUAUGUGGAAGGAAACAGUGGUUAGGUGUUUCAAUUGAGACAGUGAUGCCAGGAAAGGAGCUGUGUGCCGAGGUUUAGUUCUUGAAUGGAUGAAUUUUUCCCUUAAAAUUUCUCCUUGUUGGUAACCAGGUUGUCAGUGAAUUGUAAUCAUUGGUAUUGUCUGUGAGUCAGAGCAUUUAACUAAAAAGUUAAUGUGA